CUCGCGUCAGUCAUUCAGUGAUUUGACAUUGAAAGUAACGGAGUGCUGAAGCGCUCGUGAUGCUGUGAGCAGAGUGUAAGCAUGGAUGUUUCUACUGUGUUUUUCUUUAAUGACAUUAUAUACAAUCCAUGUAUCGAUCAUCUCGACACCUGAACGCACGCUUUCUGAUCUGCACCAUUAGCUCAUUUCUUUAUCAUCAUGGAGGGCCUGUAUGUGUCCAUCCAUGGCCUUAACGUCACCCACAGCCCUCUCGGAGCGCCAGCCAUGUCCAUAGACAAGCUUUUCCCUGCCCUGCUGGAGUGCUUCGGCAUCAUCCUGUGCGGUUACGCGGCAGGUCGCAGUGGCAUCAUCAGCGCGGCGCAGGUCAACGGUCUGGGCAGCUUCGUGUCGUGUUUCGCUCUCCCUGCGCUGCUUUUCAAGAACAUGGUGCAGCUGCAGUUCCAGCACGUCGUCUGGUCUUUUCUGUGGAGUGUUUUGAUCGCAAAAGUGUGCGUGUUCACGCUGGUGUGUGUGCUGACGCUGCUGGUGGCUGAUCCUGAGAGCAAGUACAGUAAAGCUGGGCUGUUUGCUAUCUUCGCCACGCAGAGCAAUGACUUCGCUCUGGGAUAUCCUAUAGUGGAUGCGCUGUACAGAAACUCUCACUCGGAGUAUGAGCAGUACAUCUAUCUGGUGGCUCCUGUGUCGCUGAUGCUCCUCAACCCUGUGGGCUUCGCUCUGUGUGAGAUCCAGAGAUGGAGACACAGCAGUGAUCCAAACUACAGCAAACUGCACGUCAUCUUCACCGUCACACUGCAGGUUUUGAAGAACCCAAUAGUCUUCAUGGUUAUGGUUGGAAUUGUCUCUCAUUUUGUGUUUGGAGGACGAGUGCCUGUUUUGCUGGGAGAGUUUGUUGAUGGACUGGCAGACUCCUUUGGAGGGGCGGCUCUCUUUUAUUUGGGCCUGAACAUGGUGGGACAGAUGAGCAAACUCACGCGUUCCACUGGCGUCUCCCUCAUCCUGCUCAUCACUGCCAAACUACUGGUUAUGCCUUUGAUGUGCAGAGACAUGGUGGAGCUGUUAGAUGCUGGUAACUCCAGCUCAGCCAAUCACUCCAGCUUAUCUGAUUAUGCUUUCCUUUAUGGAGUUUUCCCCACCGCUCCCAGUGUGGCCAUCUACGCUGCGCAGUACAACAUGGAGCUGGAGGUGGUGACCUCUGGUAUGGUAAUCAGCACGUUCCUGUCGGCGCCCAUCAUGUAUGUGUCUGCAUGGCUUUUGACCAUUCCAUGGAUGGAGGCCUCGUUCCUGGUGAAGGAGCUGCAGGACGUCAGCUUUAACAUCAGCAUUGUCUGUCUGAUAGCACUGGUUUGGACCCUUGCUGUCAUGCUACUUAGUAAGAAGUUUCGGAGGAUGCCACAUAUGUUUGCCACAAAUCUGUUUUUAGCACAGCUCCUAGCUUGUAUGUCGAUGCUCUUUUGGAAGUUUGUCCUAAAGCAGGGCAGCGUAUUUGGCCAAAUUCUCACCUUUACACUACUUUAUGGAUCUCUCUACAGCACCUACGUGUGGACCGGUCUUUUGGCGUUCUCACUUACUUUACUGGGCAGAAAUGAAAACUUGAAAGUGAAACCCAUUGUGUUCAUCAUCUUUGGAUGGGGAAUUCCUUUUCUGACUGUGGGCGGGCUGCUUAUGAUCGGACAAAGAAUGAGUGACAGCUUAGACCCCGCCUUCUUUUAUGGCAGUGGGCAGAUUGUGUCCACCGUGGUGGUUUUAGGCUUCAGUAUUGUGCUGGGUGGUCUGUCUCUGAUGGGAUUGAGUCGGGGGGCUCAGGAGGAGCAGAGUUAUCAGGCCUUAGAUCAAAACUCCAUCACAGGUGCAUCAGAAAAUUCCAGACACCUCCAGACAGAGAACCAGAAUUCUUCUGAUGUGGAUCAAACACACACAAACACAGAUGUUUGUUGCAGUGAACCCAUGCCAGAUAUGAUAGCCGGGCAUCUGAACGACUCACCAGUGCCUUCAGCAGGGAUUGUCCUGGGCGAGUCAUCAAGCUCUUUGCGUGUGCAGGAGGAGAGGCAAAUUGCUCGACAUGUGCUCCUCUGUCUGCUGCUCAUCGUCAGCAUGCUUGCUAACCUGUCCAGCUGCCUGUGGUGGUUGUUCAGUGCUGAUCCAGGACGACUUUACCUCGAGCUGCAGUUUUUUUGCGCUGUAGCCAAUUAUGGACAGGGCUUUGUUUCCUUUGGUAUUUUUGGCUUGGAUGAGCACCUUAUUAUUCUUCCAUUCAGAAAGAGGCUGGCGGCUCUGUGUGGUUUCAGUCAGGAGGAAAACCUUGAGCCUUCUGCUGUUCCUGAGGAAAUUCGACUGACCUGCACUCAGUUUGUGAGAUACCACAAAGAUCAGUGCGUUCAGGAUAUUGUUCGCAACAGAGGGGGGUCUACUGAAUCUCUCAGCAGACCUGUGGGUGAAUCCUUCCUUUGAUUGACAGGAGUCACUGUUAUUUGAGCAGUGCAUUCAUUGGCUUCCUCUUGUAUGUGGGUGUGGCUAAAGUAAAAGUUGUGGCUUGGCUUUCAGGACACAGUCGCAGAAGAACAUCCUACAACACUCGAGUCUUCAAACUACUUGUGAUGCUGGCUCAUAAAGGGAUGAUGUGCUCAGUGUCUCCACAUUUGUGAUGUGACACAAGCCCAAGCUGGAACUAAAUAGACUGAAUUGUGUAUCAGUAUGUGUUGUACUUUUUUAAUUACUAUGCAUGGCAUGCAGAAAGCACAGACGUCUCCCUUUAUCCCUUACCUGCACAUUCAACAGCCUUGCUCUGUUCCAAACCUAGGGAGUUCCCUAUUGAGGCAGCAUUUAAAGGGUCACGAAACACCAAAACACUUUUUUUUGUGACAUUGACAGUCAUUUAUGUGUCCCACACUGCUAAAAACACUAUUAGGACAUAUAUAUGUCACUAGUAAGUGAAAUUGGUUAUUUUUACGUUAUUUCGAGCAAAAUUUGAAGCUAAAUCACGACGAUUAGAUCCUUGUGUAAAUUCCAGCAUGGAGACUGGAUGUCUGUACCGGUGGGUAUAACCUGACGUCUUUGAGAUUUCAUUAUUAAAGCUGCGGUCACACUAGGGUUUAAGCUUGCGAACUUCUGUCGUACGACGCUGCAAGAAGGGGCGGGAUUAAACAAGAUGAUUAGACAUUUUAAAAUGCGAGCGAUUGGUCUAUAUUUUAAAUUUCUAUCCAGAGAGGUCAUGUUUUCAUCCUUGAUUGGUCUCACGCAAACAAGAUGAUGCGAUUUUGCAGGUCACAGUUCACCAAGCUUUAACUUUGCAACGCAGUAAACUACGAAACUUGACGUACGAACUUGCGUUUUUGGUCUAAGUCUAUGGGGAGAAAAGUCCAGUUUGACCGCAGCUUAAUGCACGAGAAAGACUUGGUUCGAACCAAUCAGCACACUCUAGUGUAAUUAAGGUGUAACUUCAUUAAUAUGAAUGAUAGCUUCGAAGACCACCCGUAAUUAUAACAAGUGAAAGAAGAAUUGUUUGGAAACAUGUGUUGCGUUUAUAAAGGUUUUGUUUCCAUUUUCUCAGGAUGAGGGCACCAAUCGCGUAUGGGCCCACAUUUGUGGAUUACAGUGGUCUGCUAACAUGCGACAAAAAUAUGUUCGUAAGGAACAUUUUUACCCAAGAGCUUUUCGUAUCAGGAAAUGUUGAAAUCCAGAUUUGCUGCACGUCUCCUUGUAAAAAAGACAGUUGGUGUUGAUUGUCCUUUCUACAGAUUUGGUAAGUGUGUGAUCAGUGUUAUUUCUUUAUGUUUAAUCAGAGACAAAGUAAGCUAGUAUCAUCAGCAGUACUCUUUCAGUUUUUAAACACAAAUCUUAAUCAAAAUGAUUUAGUUGCUAAGUUUACAGUACAGUAAUCUCCCUACAAUAUUAUGGAAUAAAAAAUAUGCUGUAAAUGCUGCUCUCGGAGUGUAAACAAGUAAACACCUUAAUCAAACUAUUACUGUUGUGUAGGAUUUUCGCUGCGUAUGAUUUUCGCCGCAUUUUGUGACAGUAUAGUUUAUACACACACACGACUGUUUGAUGUUAUUGUUUGCACCUCCUGAGUCUCUGCAUCUAUCGAGAAAUGCAGAGUUUUUUUUUUCUCCAAUUCGGCGUGCGGUAUCAAUUCCAUUUAAACACUCUUCCAGCAGUUCAUACUGACAUCCAAUAUCUCGCUUGUCACGGGGCAUGCAUAAAAUUUUCCUCAAGGAAAUUGAAAGUGCCGAACUGCAGUUGAAGUCGACAAAUUAAGAAUGAAACACCCAAAAGUACAUGAAUUACAUGGGGGAAAUGUGGAUAGCGAGGCAAGGGUGUUAAUCGAAUUAUGUGUCAUAACAUGUAAAACGGGAUCAUUAAAGGAACAAUCAAAAAGCAACUCAUGUAAACACCUUCAACAUAUUAUUGUCUUAUUCAGAUUAAAGCUGUGUGAAAACAUCCUGCUGAGACAGGGGGGUUUCGUGACCCUUUAAGGCAUCUGACGGAUGUGCUGUUUUGUAAGGUGAGCAAUCUUGUUGUGUUGCAUCCUAAAGGUUUAAGGCAGCAUCACAUGCAUCCUUUGAAAAUGCACUUUCUUUCUGAAAGAUCUUCUCGAUAUGCAUUUACUUUCUGAGAAGAAAAUAUCCCAGAAUACAUUGAUAUAACUAAAACAUAUUUAAAUUUGAGACAGUGGAUGAGGUGAAUUAAAAAUACAGUUUUAUUUUAUGUGCAAUUCAUAUUCUGCUGAUGUUGAACGCAUUGCACAUGCUGAACCAUGUAAUGACUGGGGUUUCAAAGGAGCAUGGAUGCUUGCUUUUUAUUGUAAGCUGCCUUUUUAGGGCUCUGUUUUGGACCGGACGAAAAUAUGUUUGCAGAGAUCUAAAUAUGCACUAAUUAUUAUAGUUACAUUAAUUAAAUGUAACUAAAAUGGUGAAUGAAACAUCCUCACCACCUGCUGUCUACACAAGUGCUGCAAAACGUCUGACUGGGAUUUUAAUGGUAUGCUUUGUGUUACUUGUGAGCCUUGUCGGGAUGAUAAGACUGUAUGGCCUUGUAGCAAAGCAAUACAAGUCAUGUUUACAAACCGAAAAAUGAUCACGUGUGAGGUAACCGAGACGAAAUUCAGGACAAUCUCUGGAAUUUACAGCAGGGUCACUUUAUUUUCAGUCUACAGCACUGUUUAUGUACCGUCAUGUGGUAAAUCUCCCUCAUCUUUUUGUGUACGGUUAAUUUGUUUUGCUGGUGUGAAUCUCUAUAAGUAAUUAUAUUUAUGUUUCUGUGAAAGUACAGCAUAACUUUAUAUCAAGAUAUGUGAAAAUGACAUUAGAAAGCAGGAGCAAUGAUGAAACAUGUCUUUGUUUUGUUUAUUUCUGUAACGCUGAUCACAAUAAAUUGAAUUAAAAGACAA